CACACACGCACACGCGCCCACACACACACACGCACGCGCACGCAUACACGAGGUCGACGUAAGAAUGAAUUGAACAGUUUGUGUUUUCUUCAGUGCGGAAUUGUUUGUCGUUGAGACGGGAAGAGAACAGGUGAUUUUUCACGACGACAUUCUGAUAAACGUUCUAAAUGUUCAACUUCGACGUCUAGAAUCAUUGAACAAAAAAAUGGAAAAUGCUCACAUGAAAUCCACCUGGGAAGUUUUAGACUUCUUCGGUGUGAAUGAAAACACUGGACUGACUCCAGAACAAGUCAAAGUGCAUUUGGACAAAUAUGGACCAAAUGAACUCCCAGCUGAAGAAGGAAAGUCUCUGUGGGAGUUGGUGGUGGAGCAGUUUGAAAACCUUCUCGUCAGGAUCCUGCUUUUUGCUGCUUGUAUCUCCUUCGUGUUGGCUCUGUUUGAGGAGGGUGAGGAGACGGUUACCGCCUUUGUUGAGCCUGUCGUUAUCCUCCUUAUCCUCAUUGCUAACGCCAUCAUUGGUGUCUGGCAGGAGCGGAAUGCAGAGAACGCUAUUGAGGCUCUGAAAGAAUAUGAACCAGAAAUGGGAAAAGUGUACCGCAUGAACCGUAAGGCAGUGCAGAGAAUCAAAGCCAGGGACAUUGUACCAGGAGAUAUAGUUGAGGUAGCAGUUGGUGACAAGGUUCCUGCAGACAUCAGGUUGACGACCAUCAAGUCCACCACCUUACGAGUAGACCAGUCCAUCCUGACAGGGGAGUCUGUGUCCAUCAUCAAACACACUGACCCAGUUCCUGACCCCAGAGCUGUCAAUCAAGACAAGAAAAACAUGCUGUUUUCUGGCACCAACAUCGCCGCUGGUCGUGCUACAGGGGUCGUCGUGGCGACCAGUGUAGCCACCGAAAUUGGCAAAAUCCGCAAUCAGAUGGUGGCGACCGAGCAAGAAAAGACGCCACUGCAGCAGAAACUGGAUGAGUUUAGCCAGCAGCUCUCCAAAGUCAUCUCUCUGAUCUGCGUGGCUGUGUGGAUGAUCAACAUCGGUCACUUUGGAGACCCUGUCCAUGGGGGCUCCUGGGCGCGUGGGGCUAUCUACUACUUUAAGAUAGCUGUGGCCUUGGCUGUGGCCGCCAUCCCUGAGGGUCUACCUGCUGUCAUCACCACCUGCCUUGCCCUCGGGACACGGCGCAUGGCCAAGAAGAAUGCCAUUGUGCGAAGUCUGCCAUCAGUGGAGACUCUUGGCUGCACUUCUGUUAUUUGCUCUGACAAGACGGGAACUCUAACCACCAACCAAAUGUCUGUUUGCAGGAUGUUCAUUGCCGACAAAGUGCAGGAUUCAAACUGCACCUUACACGAGUUCUCCAUAACUGGAUCCACGUAUGCUCCGGAAGGCCAAAUAUUGAAAGGAGACAAAUCAGUCCAUUGUGGAGACUAUGAUGGACUUUUGGAGUUGGCCACUGUGUGUUCAAUGUGCAAUGACUCCUCACUGGAUUACAACGAGGGCAAAGGUGUGUAUGAGAAAGUAGGAGAAGCCACAGAAACUGCUCUAACAACCUUGGUUGAAAAGAUGAACGUCUUCAGAACUGAUUUGUCAGGACUCAGCAAGGUGGAGCGUGCCGGGGCUUGCAAUUCGGUGAUCAAGCAGCUAAUGAAAAAAGAGUUCACCUUGGAGUUCUCUCGUGACCGCAAGUCCAUGUCAGUGUACUGCACGCCAGUCAAAGCAGGCUCAGGGACCAAGAUGUUCAUUAAGGGUGCUCCAGAGAGCGUGCUCGAACGUUGUCAAUACCUGCGGGUGGGAACUGGGAAGGUGGCACUGACAUCAGCCUUACGUGACCAGCUCCUAUUGAAGGUCCGUGAGUGGAGCACGGGGCGGGACACCCUGCGCUGCCUGGCCCUGGCCACACAUGACAACCCACCACUUAAAGAACAAAUGGCCUUGGAGAAUUCCAGCAAGUUUAUAGAGUAUGAGCUGGGCCUCACAUUCAUUGGAUGCGUGGGUAUGCUGGACCCACCCAGGAAGGAGGUCACAGGCUCGGUGAUACUGUGCAACAAGGCAGGUAUCCGUGUCAUCAUGAUCACAGGGGACAACAAAGGUACAGCGGUGGCCAUCUGCAGACGCAUCGGCAUCUUUGGUGAGGAGGAGGACGUGAAAGGGAAGGCCUACACCGGCCGCGAGUUUGAUGAUCUCUCACCAGAUGCCCAGAAAGAAGCCGUCAAACAUGCGAGAUGUUUUGCACGUGUGGAACCAGCUCACAAGUCAAAGAUUGUGGGAUACCUGCAGUCCUUCGAUGAAAUUACUGCCAUGACUGGAGAUGGUGUGAAUGACGCCCCCGCCCUGAAAAAAGCAGAAAUCGGCAUCGCCAUGGGCUCUGGCACAGCAGUGGCCAAAUCGGCAUCAGAGAUGGUUCUUUCUGAUGAUAACUUCUCCACCAUUGUGUCUGCUGUGGAGGAGGGCAGAGCCAUCUACAACAACAUGAAGCAGUUCAUCAGAUAUCUGAUCUCUUCCAACGUGGGGGAGGUGGUAUGCAUCUUCUUGACGGCCAUCCUUGGUCUCCCAGAGGCCCUCAUACCUGUCCAGUUGUUGUGGGUCAACCUGGUGACCGACGGCUUGCCUGCCACCGCCCUGGGCUUCAACCCUCCAGAUUUGGACAUUAUGGAUAAACCUCCACGUAAUGCAAAAGAACCUCUCAUCUCGGGGUGGCUUUUCCUCCGCUACCUGGCCAUUGGAGGAUACGUGGGUUUUGGAACAGUGACUGCUGCCACAUGGUGGUACCUGUUUGAUGACCAGGGGCCACAGGUGUCCUUCUAUCAACUGAGACACUUCAUGCAGUGCACUGAUGACAAUCCAGUGUUCAAAGGCAUAGAUUGUGACGUCUUUGAAUCCCGCUAUCCCACCACCAUGGCCUUGUCUGUGCUUGUCACCAUCGAAAUGUUUAACGCCCUCAACAGUUUGUCAGAGAACCAGUCCCUGGUCAGAAUGCCUCCCUGGGUCAACAAUUGGCUGUUGGGAGCGAUUGUCCUUUCUCUUUCCCUGCACUUCCUAAUCCUUUAUGUUGAUCCUCUGCCACUGAUCUUCCAAGUGACCCCACUAUGUUGGUAUCAGUGGGUUGUGGUCCUGAAGAUUUCCAUCCCAGUCAUUCUACUUGAUGAGGCGUUGAAGUAUAUUUCCCGGCACCAUCUUGAUGCCUAAAUCCUUCUUUGCGAAGGUGAUGAUGACAAAAAGUACCGCAGAAGACUGCAGAACAACUGAAAAAGGAAUCCCACUCAAACCCCCCCUUAGCCACAAGCCCCUUACCUUUACAAACGAUGCACCACAACUUUAAAAUAGAUCAGCAAGAAAGAGAAGAGUAAGAAAAGUCAGCAAAAACGUUUUGGGGAUCGUGUGUGUGUGUGUGUGUGUGUGUGUGUGUGUGUGUGUGUGUGUGUGGUGGGUUGGGCAGGGCGAGGCGGGUGCUGUGAGCACAACUAUUUGAGUGUGAUUGCAUAAUCUGCUGAUACUGCCAGUGCUUCAGCUAUUUCCAUUCAACGAGUGUGAUCCCACUUCUGACACCAAGCAUCUUCAUCAUCACGCUUUGUCUUUUCUCUUGCCACAAAACAAUUUCAUGCAAAACUGGAUGAUCUUUUGCCGUCUCUGUUGGUGCUGAAAUGGACCUACUUAAAGUUCAAAUCUUUUAUUUAAUUUCAUUUAUUUACAGAAACACUGUGGCCACAUAUACUGUACACAAAAUAUAUACAUGGAAAAAAAGGGCAACAUUUGCCAGUAAUUAUUAUUAUUUAAUAUUUAUGUACUGAUCAUACACCACAGCUGAGUACAACAUACAUUCAUACUGUUUAUACAGUAUGUAUAUGCUACUUUCAUACAGUUUAUACAGUAUGUAAUAAUUUCAUAAAGUCUACACAGUGUACCAUAAUAUACAUUUCCAGUCUCACAGAUUACAAAAAAAACUAAAAAAAUAACUAAGUAUAACAUUUUGAUUUUAAUUUAAUGACAAUAUGACACAAAGUAAUUGUUUUCUCCCAUGAAAACUUCAAUCAAUGAUGACAGAUUCAUUUCAAAUCACAAUAUUUGUUGUUCAUAAUGAGUGAAGGAUUGGCGAGCAGGUUGUCUCAGAAGGCACACGAUAAAGUAAGUUUAAUAUGAAUAUUUCAUCUAUUUGUAUGUAUGAAUAAUUGUAACUCAAAGUUUUAGACCCAAGUUUGAUUUUCUUGCGAUUUAGUACUUUGAUUUCUUGCUCUGCCUGCUUUCUAAGCGUUUUAAAAAUCCAUAUUUGACAGUAAACUGAUACAGUAAAUUGUGUUAAAAAAUAUAUUAAUUAUAAUAUUGUUUUACUGUAAAAUAUGUGACAGUAAAUAAUUGUACAGUAAAAUAUUUUACAGCAAAAUAUGUUACAGUAAGAUUAUGUUACAGUAAAAUAUGACACAGUCAAAAUAUUUCACACUAAAUUCAUGUAUUGGACUCAAACAAACAUGUCUUUGAAGUAUUUUUGUUUUUUUGGUUAUUUUUUGUCUGCUUUCUUAGCGAUUUAAUUUUUGGUAUGAGUUAAGUUAAAAACAUUGUCAAAGACUAAACAAAACUUACAUUUUAACGUUUUAGCUGCAAGAAAAAAUGAAAUGAAGUUUUCCUUUCCUGGUUGUCAAUAUCAUCAUUGAUAUAUGAUAAUUAUUUACUACUGAACAUGCAAUACUGUACAAAAGAUGAAUAUAUGAUUGCAUGAAAUAAUAUUUAUAUAAUAUUACUGUAAUAACCACAAUAGAGUUUUUUCUUUUUCCUUUCAGCAUGUUUUGACCUUUUUUGUAGAUUAUUAAUUUGUGUUUGGUUUUCUGGGGUUUUGUUUCUGACUGUGGCAAUAAUAUGAUGCAAGGAUUAUGAUUAUUAAUAUCUGCACUCAUGCAUUCUGGCUGAUGAAGUUUUUUUUUUAAGGACAUUUAAUUCGAUGCUUUCAAUCAGACUGUCCUCGUGGUAUUUUUGGCAUCAUAAUAUAUAUAUGAAUAUUUCCUGAGUUCAUAUCAAUAACACCACUACCAACGAGAGUCUCGAGAUGUAUUGUCUCUAGAGCUUGACAAAAAAUCUGUGAAAAAUAAUAUUUUCUUGUUAAUAUUAUUUUGCAUAGUAUCAAGUUUGGACAGCAUUUUAUAAAUGAUAAUGACAUGGAAAUAAAGAUUAUUUAUCUUGUUAUUUUUCUGACUGUUUCAUUUACUCUUUUUACGGCAGUAUUAGAAAUAUUAUAUGUAAAACAAUAAAUACUGUGAACCGAAUUAUUUUAAGGGUAAAAACUAUUAAAACGUUUUUUAACCAAAAUCAAAAAUCAACGUAAUUAUAUAUUUGUACCAUUUCAGCAAAUGGAAAACACUAACAUGCACCCUUUCAACCAGAAGAGAGCGAUAUUGCAUCAUAUAAUCUAAGUAGGGAGAUGCUUGAUCAAACCUGAUCCCUGUGAACAUGUUUUGUCUUCAAUAAAGACCAGCUAGAAAUGAAAGAAGUGAUACCUCCCAGACAAAGA